UCUUUGUCCCAGAAGCCCAUUGUGUAGAGCGGAGGAAACCCUGUGCCGCGAGCAGCCAUCUUGGAUAGGACUGAUCAUACUUGAGCCAGGAUAACCUGCAUUCCUCUUCUAAACACAUCAAGAACACAAAGCUCACCAGACCUAAUUCCCGAGCCACGAUGGCCACUGCACCGUACAACUACUCCUACAUUUUCAAAUACAUCAUUAUCGGGGACAUGGGGGUAGGCAAGUCAUGUUUGCUCCACCAGUUCACGGAAAAGAAAUUCAUGGCGGAUUGCCCCCAUACGAUCGGCGUGGAGUUCGGCACGAGGAUCAUUGAGGUGAGCGGCCAGAAGAUCAAGCUGCAGAUUUGGGACACGGCGGGGCAAGAGCGCUUCAGGGCCGUCACCCGCUCCUACUACCGCGGGGCCGCAGGGGCCCUCAUGGUCUACGACAUCACCAGGAGAAGCACGUACAACCACCUCAGCAGCUGGCUGACUGACGCCAGAAACCUCACCAACCCCAACACUGUGAUCAUCCUCAUAGGAAACAAAGCAGACCUGGAGGCCCAGAGAGACGUCACGUAUGAGGAGGCGAAGCAGUUUGCCGAAGAGAACGGUCUGUUGUUCCUGGAGGCCAGUGCAAAAACAGGUGAAAACGUCGAGGACGCCUUCCUCGAAGCCGCAAAGAAGAUCUACCAGAACAUCCAAGAUGGCAGCCUGGACCUCAACGCCGCCGAGUCCGGGGUCCAGCACAAGCCCUCGGCCCCCCAGGGCGGUCGGCUAGUCAGCGAACCACAGCCCCAGAGGGAAGGCUGCGGAUGCUAAUGACCAAGCACCCCCCCCCCCCCCCCCCACCGCCCCCCUUCAUCAUUCGCCCUCCCUUCCUCUCUCUGUCCCUCCCUCCCCAUCAUCCAUUGCCUCCACACCUGCGUACGUCCAUCGACCCUCCUCCCUCGCCGCGCCAGGAGCUGCAUGAGAGCGGGGCUGUGGAGGGAAGGACCGGGCGCCGCAUAUCCACUUGGGCCAGACUAAGCCGGGCUGUGUGGACAACAUAACCCCCCCCCCCCCCCCCCCCCCCCAAACCCUCUCAGUGUGUGUUGUCUUCCCAUGACUUUCGCUCCCCUCCACUCCUCUUGCACCAUUCAGUCUGGUUCCCACCGUCAUAGUAUCGUAGACCGCACCACGCAUUUCACGGGUUACUGACACACUCAUUGUUUUUUUUUUUUCUUUUUAAAGUUUUAGUUUUAUAGCUAUAUACGACAUGUAAACAAGGCAUUAAAUAUCCUCCACCACUGAUCAGUUGUAUAUAAAUCCGAUCAAAGAUAUACACCUGGAGUCUCGCGCAUGGUUUACCAACUGUCUUACUCUUAAUAAUCGCAGCAUCAAACAUGGAGGGCAUCAUGCAGCCACACAGGUAGAGGCUCUGAAGCGUGUGUGCGCCCGCGUGGUAAGAGGCUGGAUGAGUUUCAUUUGACGAAGACACAACAGGCUAUGGCUUUUUUGGUUUCUGAUGGUCUUACGCAUCAAUUUCUUUGCAACAGGUCUCCCUCUCAUGACCCAUCUGACCCCGAAACUUCUCCCCCAGCUCAUAUCAACAAGGUUUCUGUCUUUACCAGCAUUUUCUUUGUCACGGUUUGUUGCCUUAUUAUGUGUCAUGUUAUUACACUUUAUUCUCUCUAUUGUAUUGCUGCACUUCCUCUUCUUCCUGUUAUUGGACUCACCCCAUACAAAAUAACCUUUCGAUUAUUUGUUUUUGCAUUUUACUGGAGAAUUACGUAAUAGUGCAAGUGGUGGCUCAACUAGUCUAAAUACCAGCAGCACGGUCUUUAUUGGAAGUGCUGAUCUGCUGUUCAUUUGGGCAAGUUUCUCUGCCUCGUAUGAUACAAAACCAAGCAGCAUGCCCCCCGCCCUCAAAUACAGUGAGUUAUUUUAUUUCAAACACUUUUUGUGUAUGAUAGUGAUUCCCUGAUUGGACAGCUGUACAUAUUGCUUGACUAUUGGUGAUGAACUCGCCACUCUACACUUUAGAAAUGUAUUUGCUCUGCUGAGAUCUGUACAGUUGAUGUGCUAGUGGGUUGCCUGUAAUUCAUGCUUGGGAAAUUCUGUAACAUAGUUUCUAAUAAUGUAUGUAAAGGAUAGCAGCCCCCCCCCCACCCCCACACUACUGAAUCUGUCAAUUGGUUGAGGGGAGAGGAAGUGGAUUGAUAUGAUGUGCAAACUAGUAUUUGUCUACUCUUGAUUCCUCUUAUUUCUUUAUGGAGUGGAGAAUGGGGCACUUUUUAUUUUUCCUUAUCCAUCGUUGCUCUUCUUCAUGGGAGGGGCCUGCGAUGCUGUCUUAACUGUUGGUGUGGGGAUUGGUUUGUUAUUGUGGGAAGUUGGUGAGCAGGGUCUCUUUUUCCUGUGUCCCACCUCUUUGCAGUCCGAGUGACCACUUCCUGCUUUUGUCUGUCAAAGUACAAAAAAAAGUACAUAUGUAUAAAUUUUUAAAGGAGCUGUGCUAACAUUUAAAUGCGUUUGAGUGUAUGAUUUUAAAAUGUUGACAUUUUGAUUUUAAUGACAAAAUACUCUAGACAGAAAUAAAUUAUACAUAACCUGUU